AUGUCACUGCUGACACAAGAGAACCUUAAGCUCGAAAAAGAAAAAGAACAAAUAACCCAAGAUCUACAGAAGGAAAAGGCGAAUUUCGAAAGGGCAAAGAAACAGAUUGCUCAUUACUCGAAUCUUACUAGAACAAAUGCACAAAAACAAGCACAGUCAUCUGAACAGUCGAAAAAAGAAUUGGAAGAUUCUAAGCAACAAAAUCAGGAGAUCGUGAAGAAGCUUACAGAAUCUCAGAGUCAAAAUCAGGAUCUCGCAAAGGAGUUGGAAACAUCAAAACGACAAUAUCAGGAAGUAAAUCAACAACUUGAAGAAUCGAAGAAAGAGUUAAAAGAAGAAAAGGAAAGAACGGUAAUGCGAUUCAAGGCACAAGAAUCGAUGUACUUGAGUAAAAUAAAACGUUUGGAAACGGAGAAAACCGACUUGAAAACUCAAGUUCAACAACUACAAUCUGAUAACACAAAGAAAUCGAUUGAGAGCGGUCAAA